AUCUUUAUUAGCAAAAGAAAUUUUAAAUGAAAAACUUGUGUGAACAGUAGAUUUUGUGAAAGAAUUCCUUAAUAUUACCGUAAAAUUGAACCCAUAUUUAAUUUAAUUCCUAAAGAGAGAGAAAGAAAAGUACAAUAUAAUAUGUUGUAUUUGGAAGAUUACUUAGAAAUGAUUGAACAUUUGCCCCAAGAAUUAAGGGAUCGCUUUACAGAAAUGCGUGAGCUGGAUUUAACGGUGCAGAAUAGUAUUGAUUCUUUGGAGAAAAAGACUCGUACAUUUUUUAUGCAAUGCAAACGCGGCGAGUUACAAGACGAAGCUGCCGAAAGUGAAUUUCAAAACCUGCGUCGCGAAUAUUAUAAAGUGUUAGAGGAUGCCGACGAAAAGGUGACUAUUGCUACACAAAUUCAUGAAUUGGUGGAACGGUAUUUAAGACGUUUAGAUAGUGAAUUAUUUAAGUUUAAAUGUGAAUUAGAGGCUGAUAAUAAUGGGAUAACGGAGAUAUUAGAGAAGCGUUCGCUAGAAAUGGACGGCGGCUGCAGUGCGGCUACCGCAUUGUUAAGCAUUACGGGAAUGAAUCAGAAAGAAAAUCGUUUUUAUGGCGGCCUUAGUGCGGCUGUAGCACCGCCGAGUAGCAGCACGCACAGUGUAUUGAUAGGAGGGGCUGGAAUGGGUUUGGGGGGUAUUUCUAUGCCCGCUACUCCCACAGGAGCUACCAAAGAUAAUCGCUAUCGUACCCCAAAACCAGAAAAGCGAAGAGAUAGUACUUCCACAUUAUUGGGCGCGGGAGCUGAGAAACGAGCCAACCUUGGCAACAGUCUGACGCAAAGUAAUCCACCUGUAGCAGUGGUUAGACCUAUAACGCCUGGUAUGAGUGCCGUUUUAAAUUCAACUACAGGCGGUGUAGGUGCGCCUACGGCUGUAACUUACAACCUACAACAAAUAAGUGGGUCAGCCUCGACGGCCAUAGCAGCUGCUGCCUCGCAAGCCAUAGUGGCAACACAACAAAUGCAGCAAGGUCGUCGUACGGCUAGUCUUAAAGCCAGUUAUGAAGCUAUACACGGUGCAGGCGGUGGACCUACUGAAUUUUGGAUAAAUCGUGAUCUGGCAACAGCUGCAACGUCAUCAUCAGUAAGUCAGCAUACAUUAAAUGGUUCUACCAACACAGAAAAGACCAAGAAGAAAAAAUUGAAUUCCAAUAUAACCCAUGGAGUGGGCACAACAAGCGUCCCCAAUGCUUCAACAGGCUUAAAUUUGGGUUCUUCAUCAUCUUCUAUAAGCAUGGAUUCAUUGGAUAUGCUUUCAGGUUCAACCGGAACUAAUUUGAAUGUACCCCCUUUAAUGUCGAAUGGUGGCCAUAUAACAGCUUCCUCUACGACUAACUUAAGUAACGGUUCAUCCCGUAGCGGAGUAACUUCUAAUACUUCCUCUGGUUCAUCGGCUGGCACAGGUAUAUCCACAGCUCUUACACCAGGUUCAAAUAUUACAUUAAAUGAAAGUGGUAUGGUAGUAGAGCAAACACCUGAAGGAGAAUGGUCCUAUGAUCCGAAUGAACCACGCUAUUGUACCUGCAAUCAGGUUUCAUAUGGCGAUAUGGUUGCUUGUGAUAAUGACGCUUGUCCAUAUGAAUGGUUUCAUUAUCCAUGCGUUGGUAUAACGCAACCACCUAAGGGUAAAUGGUAUUGUCCUAAAUGCACUGCUUCCAUGCGACGUCGAGGUAAUCGCAAAAAUUAGUUGGCUAAGUUCAAAAAGAAGAAAAGCUACUACUUAAAUCAAUAGAAUAUAAAAAAAGAA